AUGGCCAAGAGGAAAGAUUCAGACAAGCACCUGGACCCCCCUGCUGUGUUCCAGACUACAAGGCCAACUGGAUUUAGAGAAUUGGUUCCACCUUCACAUUUCCAGAGCCAAUCAGCACCACCUCCAACAGUGGCUACUACUGGGCCCUGGGGAGCCACAGCUUACCCUAGCUGGGAAGAGGUUGGUGAACUCAGACGAGAGAAUUUGCGUUUGAAAAAUGAACUCCAAAGAAGGACCACAAUAGUAGAUAAGACAGAAGACUCAAAAGAUAAAACCAGGUCCUUGGAUAGGUUGGCUGAGCCUUCAAAUGUGACCCUGGCAAUGUCUCAACAGGCCGAAAUCAUCUCCCAUCAGCUCCACGAGAUCCAGCGCUUGGAGUCGGACGUUAGCGCCCUCCGAGUUUCCUCAGCCCAACAGGAGGCAACCAUAGCUGCUCGGGAAAAUAUCUUGUCCAAUCUCCAAGGAGAACUAACAUUACUCAAAAGCCAAAACCUUACGGAAGUUGCUGCCCUGAAGACCGAACUGGAAGAAGUCAGGAAAAGGAGUCAGCAAGAAAAAGAGGCCCUAAGGAAUGAAUUAGAAGAGCUUAGGAAGCAAAGUCAGCUGAAAGCAGGUUCCCUGAGGGAGGAACUGGAGUCAGCCAAGGAAAGGAGCCACCAUGAAAUCGCCCUGGCGCAGGCAGAGCUGCAGCAGAUGAGGGAAGAGAGAGAAGUGGAGCGGAGGAGGCAGGAGGCCAGGGUUCAAGAAUGCCGACAGUCAGUGCUGAAAGAGUACCAAACGAAGUUGGAUAAGCUGUCUGAAGUCUAUGAAGCUGAAGUGACUUCCCUGAAGCAGCAGAUAUGUGCAUUCCAGGAGGAUUUGGAAGCUCAGCGUAAGGAGGCCAGCCAGUUAAGGGAGAAAAAAGAUAUACUCCAGAAGCAGCUCAGUGUGACUGAGGCAGAACUGGCUUCCCAGAAUGCUUUGGUGCUGCAGUUAAAGACCUAUGUGGGGGAGCAGAAAUCAAGUAAACCUGGUUUUGAACAGGAGCAGCUGAUGAAUCGAAUACAGCAACUUGAGGAUGAGAAGGAGGCUCUGAAAAUUACAGCUGAACUUCUGCAAGUCCGGGUGGCUUCGUUAGGCGAUAUCUUGACUCUACAGGAGACUGAGCUUGGUAAAAAGGUGCAUCUCCAGGACCGUCUCCAGUCUGAGUCAUCACAAAAACUUCAGUGCCUGCUGACCAGAUGGCGGGAGAAAGUAUUUUCUCUCCUGGUGCAGCUGAAGUCUCAGGAGCUGAGCCAUAGGGAUGACACUAAACGUUUGGAGGAGAAGGUGAAAGAGCUGGAAGAAGAGGUGGCAUCUAGUGAACAGAAAGCUGUGCUGUUGCUCCACAGUCUUGAGGACAAAACUGCUGAAGCUGAUAUGGGAAGAGUAAGAAACAAG